UCAGUAACUUGUCAGACGGCACGUCGCGCGCACGUGUGACGCGUCUCGCUCACACACGCUGGCAAUUGACCAAAAAAUGCUUUGAAUUCGCACAUCAUUUCCUAUUCGAAAACCAAACAGAGAAUUGUACAUUUGGAAUUAUGAUAGUUACGUAACUGUGUUUGAGGGGGAAAGAAAAAAGUGAAAAUCGUGAUUUAGAAAAAAAAAAAAGUUUAAAAUGGGUGUUAUGAGCAGAUGUGUUGUGGUUUUUAAGAAAUAUCCUCUUAUUAGAGGGAUGGCAUCGUACGCGAUCAUUUGGCCGACAUCUAGCUUAAUUCAGCAGACAUUUGAAGGGAAAACAAUAGAAAACUACGAUUGGCAACGCUGCGCACGAUACGGUGUUUACGGAUCAUGUUAUGUGGCACCCACGCUGUACAGCUGGCUGACCAUAGCCAAUAUAAUGUGGCCAGGGACCACACUCAGAGUAGGACUGAUCAAGACAUUAGUGGAGACACUUACGUACACACCAUUUGCAAUGUGCAGUUUUUAUUUCAUAAUGAGCAUGCUGGAGAUGAAGCCUUUCCACGAAGCGGUGGCAGAGGUUAAGGCAAAGUUUUGGCCGACUUACAAAGUGGGAGCUUCGAUCUGGCCUGCAGUAGCCCUCAUCAACUUCUGCCUGAUCCCGCCAAGGAACAGGGUCCCCUUCAUCAGCUGUUGCAGCCUUAUCUGGACCUGCUUCCUCGCGUACAUGAAGCAUUUGGACAAGGAGAAGGUCAAGAAGGGGAAAGUGUUGCCUGUGAUCAAGAUGAAUAUAUGAAGGGGUGAAUGAUGAUGUUUCGAACUGAAUCUCGGGAACUAUUUAAGCGGGAUCUGUAGUUAAUUUUUUAAAUUGAGGCUGUGUUCAUAGAUUGAUCGAAGUGAGAAAAUAUUUUUAAGAAGUAUUUUUCCAAUUUUUUUUUUUUCUUUUUUAUUUUAACUUAAGCCUGCAGAGUAUGGCUUAUUUUGACGUAUGGAAUGUAAAUCAUUGUAGACUACAAGUAUGGAGACGAAGACUUUAAGGAUAAGUAAAGUAAUAUUUGGCACAAAAUUAUAUGGUUCGUUAUUAAAACGGAUGCCAAAUACCAAUGAGAUAUUUUUAAGAAUUAUCUAUUACUAGAAAAAAUUACGCUUAGUCGGCAUUGGAAUAGGUACGUAAAUCCUAUAUUUAAAGAAGUCUGUUAAAAAUACAGGAGGUCUAUUUCUUAAAAACAAACUGUUCUUAUUUCGAACGGACACUGUUCGAUUUCCGAAUAUGACGUUAAAUCGUCUCGAUAAUUGCAAAAUUUAAAAAAAGUAUGUUCAAAUUGUUGUGACCUUCACAGUCUUACACGUGCCUCGAAAAUGUCCCGCACGAUCCGUUACGUCAGUUCGAAUCGUCACUGUUUACGUGUUAGCUAAUUGUAGACUUACAUAUUUAUUUUCAUUUAUGACCUGUGCAAAAUAGAGACAGACAGCCAGUUAUGUUUUCAAAUAUGGAAUACUAGAUGAAAUGUGCGCCUAAUUUUGUUUUUUUUUUUUUGUAGCUACUAGUGAGUAAAUGCUUUAUUGUUCACUAAAGGAUUACAUAUUAGCUUCGUAAUUCAAAAUGGAAUAUUAUUAGAAAAUGUUCUCUAGCAAUAUUUUCGUUAUUAAAAAUAAUUAUAACUUGUGAAAGUGAAGAAGAUAGCAAUACGAUAUACCUACUCUUUAUCAAUGCAAUUUUUCAUUUACAAAAAAAAUCCGAAGAUUUGUCGAAAAACAUAUUUUUAUAUGACGACAUGACAUGAUGACAUGAUGAUGGGUGUCAUCAUACCUUGGCCUUCUAUAAAACAAGAAUAAGAAAUUGAGAUAAUAGAUUACUUCAAAUUCGUUCAGUGUCAUAUUUGCACAGGCAUAUAGAUAAAUUUAUUUAUUUAAUUUAUGUAAGUGAAGCACAAGUAAUCUACUAGCUAAAUAAUUUAUUAUCAGGACAAAGUCCAAUAUGUAAAAAGAAUUUGUUAUAUGCCAAUGUUGAGUGAUUAUUCUUAUAUAAACCUAAAUUUGGCAUAUAUUUUUUAUUUUUUUUUAGAAUUGCAAUGUUGACAAAUGCAUGUCUUAUGUUCCCUCUCUAUUUACAUAAAAUCACGCGUCUUUCCCAGAGGCAGAGACUAUAUCUUCGACCACGAUUCCUGUAUACUUCUUUCGCUUCAUCCACAUUCAUAACUCUCUUGUGAUAACUCGAUGGUUUCGGGUACUCUUUAGCUGGUCUUUUGCCGGGACGUUGCCGUUGCCGAUUUGAUCAAGUUACGUUCGUCUAAGCUAUUUUCUAUCUCUUUAUUUAAGGUUAACCCCAAAAAUAGAAAGGAAAAAAAGAGAAGGAACAUAAGACAUAUGACUAUGUAACAUUCAUAAAUUUUAAGCAGAUCAUUUUAAUGUUUAAAAUAUUUCCUGCUAGACAACUUUUACGAAAUUGCUAAUAAAUUAUAGUCACACGUAUUUAACUAUUUGUUUAAGGAAAUUCUAGAUCUGUCGUGUUAUAAUAUAAUUAGUUCAUGACCUGUUAGUGCCUACAACAUCGAGUUUACUUUAAAAAUCAUAACCACCGUAUGUGAUGUUUAUAGAUCGGCCCUGAGUUUCAAAAGUUACACGUAAACGACCCUAUUUUUGAUGCCAUAUCGUCAACUCUAAUCAAAUUUCUUAUGUUUCAAGAUGUCUAAGAAAAAAAAACUAAUAUAUUUCUUUGAAAUACCUGGUUGACUGGAAGAAAUCCCUCACAGGGAUAAGUCCGCCCUUGUACGUCGUUAUUUUUUAUGUUUUUUAUGUAUUACUUAUAAUUUGUUAUGUACAAUAAAGAAUUUACAAACAAACAAACAAAAACCGUUUUCUAAAAUUGAGCCUCUUAUAUAAUUAAAUGUUUAUGAUUAUGAAAAAUCGUAAUCAUUUAUUCCUUGAAUAUGGUUACAAUUUGUCUACAUGCGUCUCUAAGGAAAUAAAGAUUUCAAAGGAAUACUAAACCAUGGAUAUUAGUUAAUUCGUAAAUUUUUCCUUUUAACAUCAGACCCUACAAAACCAAUACCAUAAAGAUUAAAAUAUUAACCGUUAAUAAAAUCAAUAUUUCUUGCUUUACAUUUUGAAUUCAGAAUCUAAUUUUCAAUUAAUACCUGCCCAUCUAUAAACAUCCAUAGCAGACAUUAGCUUAUUGUCAUUUAAAAUUAAUACAGACUCUUACAAUUCUUAUACCAGUGUAGUAAGGUUUAAAUUUUAUUAACAGUUAUUUUCGCAUGACACUGUACAAUUUAUUUUAUAGUACCUAAUGCUAUCUGCGAUAAUCUUGUGAUAAGUAGAUAUAGUGCAAAGCACUUUCCAUAUAAUAUCAUAAGACUAUUUCUCGACCGGUGGAGCUAAUCAGGAUUCUCAAUCGCAACUAAUAUAAUAAAUAUUUAUUUUCUCUUACGCCUUUUUAGGCGAUGGGGUAGCAACAUGUCACUAUUUGAAUCAUAAUUCCAUCUUUAAGCCAUACCCCAUAAAGGAUAGAGUCGCGUGAUUAUAUGUAUGUUUUGAAUAACCUUCCUGAGUAACUAUUCAUUUAAUUUGAUAAGGCAUAUGUUCCAUCAGGGCUCUCCAUCGGAAUCGAGGAGAAAUAUAAUAAAAAAACGCGACAUAAUAAAAUGGAGUAUCAAAGUUUUGUAAUAUACCUAAAUUAAGUGCACUUGCGAUGUGACUCCACGAGAUUUUUGUUUUAUGACUAAUGUAUAUUAUCGAAUUUAGAUUAGAUAUUACUAUCAAUGUUUCCUUAUUGUGUGUGUUUGAGUGACGAAAUUACAAUUCGACACGCAAUUUAGACUGCAGAUCAUAUUUUGUCAUAUUAUUAUGUCACCUACCGGCUGACACACAUUUAAUGAAAAAAAAAUACGUAACAAAAAAAAUCAUGCAACAUCGUGCAACAGAUAAAAGAAA